GUGGGUAUUGUCAUACUCCUGAUGCACAUCACGGCAAGUGAUAUGCAGAAUGCUAAGAGACAGGGCGUAUAUAAUCAUGCGUGUUUUUCUGUGAUUGACUUCACUUUUUCUUGUCAAGGGUGGCCAGAACAUCAGCUGAGCCCAACAACAAGUAGUUCAAAAGGGCCGGGCUUCCUUCGAAAAGGAAUCCGAUACCAAAGCAUCUCGCCCAACACAUUUUUUUAUAUAUCUUACAACCAAACAUUGUUCCUCCAGAUUGCACAGCAUGUCGGGCUCCCAAAACUCAUAUUAUCAGCAGAUAGCAGUGCUCACAGCUGCGGCUGCAGCCCUAAGCACUAGCAUUGCGACAUGGUGGAAUGCAUAUACCGCCCAUUACGAGGCUGGACAGGAGACUCAAGCUGUAUGUGCGAUGUUUACUCGAUACCCCAACAUCUAUCUCAGCCUUAUCUCAGGUAUUUUUAUUACAGUCUUUAACAUCAAGCAGCAGCAUUGCUUCCAACAAUAUCAGAUAUGCGAAAGAGACAAAUCAGACAAGGAGGCACAGAUCCGCGAUCUGGAGGGGAAGAUCAGGGAUCUAGAGUAUAGCCUGAACCGAUACCGAAACGGUUCCAGGUAAUAGGGGGGCGUCAGACUUGAGACUCAAGUUUGUAGUGGAAUCUUUUGAAGUGCUGAUGUGCGAUCCUCGCUAGAGUAGCUCCAUUCUGUUAAUAGUAUUGGAGAGUGUUGACCUUGCUAUCAUUUGAUACAUCCCAUGUCAUGAAGAAGGGACUUGAUUGACUUUCCCUAUCUACCUAUACUCUCACAAUAAACUUUGUUCUUUUCCAG